GGAGGGGGAGGGCGGACCCUCUCUCAGACGUGGAGGGGGGAGGGCGGACCCUCUCUCAGACGUGGAGGGGGAGGGCGGACCCUCUCAUCAGACGUGGAGGGGGAGGGCGGACCCUCUCUCAGACGUGGAGGGGGAGGGCGGACCCUCUCUCAGACACGGAGGGGGAGGGCGGACCCUCUCUCAGACACGGAGGGGGAGGGCGGACCCUCUCUCAGACACGGAGGGGGAGGGCGGACCCUCUCUCAGACACGGAGGGGGAGGGCGGACCCUCUCUCAGACGUGGAGGGGGAGGGCGGACCCUCUCUCAGACACGUGGAGGGGGAGGGCGGACCCUCUCUCAGACGUGGAGGGGGAGGGCGGACCCUCUCUCAGACACGGGAGGGGGAGGGCGGGGACCCUCUCUCAGACACGGAGGGGGAGGGCGGACCCUCUCUCAGACACGGAGGGGGAGGGGGGGCGGACCCUCUCUCAGACACGGAGGGGGAGGGC